CGACGACGUCAAGUGUAUGUCGAGUGAUAAUUUAAAAAGUUUUAAUGAAAUUCCUGGUCCUAAAAGCUAUCCGAUAAUAGGGACUAUUUAUAAAUAUUUGCCGCUUGUUGGAGAUUACAAGCCCGAAAGUCUAGACGAGAUCGCAUGGCUAAAUUAUAAACGCUACGGACCUUUCGUGAGAGAAGAACCAGGAAUAAGAGUACUGCAUAUUUACGAGCCAGAGGUCAUAGAGGCUAUGUUUCGUCAAGACGAUCGGUACCCUGCAAGGAGAAGUCAUUUAGCUAUGGAACAUUACAGACUGAGCAAACCACACGUUUAUAACACCGGCGGAUUGCUAUCUUCGAACGGUUCAGAAUGGUGGCGUCUACGAAGUGCAUUUCAAAAGAAUUUUACCGCUCCUCAAAGUGUAAAAGAGCACGUAACCGACACUGAUGCCGUGGUACAAGAGCUCGUGAGAUAUGUUAAGGAUUAUAACAUAUCUUGUAAAGAAGAUUUUUUGGAGAGUCUCAAUAGAUUGAAUUUGGAAAUUAUUGGUCAAGUAGCUUUCAAUGAGCGUUUCAACAGUUUCUCUCAUACAGAGUUGGAUUCUAAGUCUCGAAGUAGUAGUAUUAUUGCGGCAGCAUUCGGAUCUAAUAUUGGGAUAAAUAGAUUAGACAGAGGUUUUUUGUGGAAGCUGUUUCAGACACCUUUGUACAAGAAAUUGGCUGAAUCACAAAAUUAUUUAGAGAAGGUGUCAAAUGAAAUUUUAUUGAAGAAAAUUGACUUUUAUGAAAAACAAGAUAGUUGCACAGAUAAAUCAUUAAUUGCGUCAUUUCUGCAAUCUCCAAACGUAGAUUUAAAAGAUAUUAAGGGCAUGAUGGUUGAUAUUUUAAUGGCAUCUAUUGAUACUACGGCUUAUUCAACGAGUUUUGCUCUUUAUCACCUCGGUCGGAACCCAGCAGUUCAAGAAAAGCUGUGUAAAGAAAUCUUAACGCUGUUACCAACGAAAGAUUAUAUUAUAACUGCAGACAUUUUAUCAAAAGCAACCUAUGUCAGGAGUUGCGUCAAAGAGAGUCUAAGACUUAAUCCUGUUUCAGUGGGCAUUGGCAGAAUUUUACAGAAAGAUAUUAUAUUGAAAGGGUUUUUAAUACCUAAUGGAACUGUAAUAGUAACACAAAAUAUGUUGGCAUGUCGUUUACCUCAGUAUGUUAAAGAACCUCUAAAGUUUAAACCUGAGCGCUGGUUGCGAGGAUCUCCUGAAUAUGAAAAAUUCCAUCCAUUUUUGAGUUUACCUUUUGGAUUUGGACCCCGGUCUUGCAUUGCGAGACGAUUGGCUGAACAGAACAUUUGCAUUACUUUGAUGAGGCUGUUUCGUGAGUUUGAAAUUAAAUGGAUGGGAGGCGAAGAACUUGGAAUUCGAGCUUACCUUAUCAAUAAACCUGAUCAACCCAUAACAUUAAAUUUUUGCGCGAGAGUAUCUUAAACUAUACAGAUAUUCUAAUUAUUUAGUUCUAGUUACAUAGAAUUUGCGACAAAACUAAGGCA